ACAUCUUUCGAAUGCAGAUGAGAACAUUUGGUUUACAAAAGAUGGUAUAUGUGAUGUUUAAAUAUUUGCCGUUUUCAGACAGGUGGUCUUUUCAUGGCCAUUAACGUUCAAUAUUCCUUGUUGACAGAUGUUCUUGAUUUGCAUUUCGUAUUUUUCACUCUGUUUGCAUUUGAUAAGGGCCGUUUUGCUGUCAAUGGUGGCAACACGACCUACAAAAUUUAAAUAUUUGCCAAAGCUGUUUCAGUGUAUCCUCAUUAAGAGUAAAUGUUAAAUUCUGUUGGUUUUCCAAGCGCUUUUUAAGGCACAUGACGAGUUAAGAAGUUAUAUUUAGAGAGCAGUCCUCACAGUCUGUAUGAUCUCAAUGGUUGCUCCAAAGGUGAUAACAACAUCGUGGCUACAACAUGCCGCAUUUGCUGCAGAAAUAAUCGAUUCCUGUGAUCCUGAAAUUAAGUUCAAGGAGGAGCAAGGAAUUGUGUUGUGCGAGCCCAAAUGAACAGAACUCUCCGCUUGUGUGUUGUCGUGCAGGCUUUACUCGCUCGUCUUGGACCACGUAUCGUAAAAGGAAAUCCGACGUGCGAAUAUCCUAAGGAAAUAUUUGGGGCUCAGGUUGAGAGAUGGAAUAAUAUCCGAAAUUGGAACUCCUUUAUUAAUAAUCUCACUGCACCAAACGAUGGGGAAUCUUUUAUUCAAACACUCAAUUUACCUCGGAGUCAAAGACUCGUGAACAUUGGUCGACGUAUGCGUACAUAUUUCCUGGCGCCAGAGUCUGGGACCUAUAGGUUCUACAUCGCAUGUGAUGACAAUUGUCAGCUUAACCUGAGUACAGACGAGAAGCUUGAGAAUGUGGUAACCUUGGUAACCGUUAAGAGAUGGACUAGAUAUAAGGAAUGGACAAGGAUUUUGUGUUUUGGUCACUUACAGGGAGGAGCAAGGAAUUGUGUUGUGCGAGCCCAAAUGAACAGAACUCUCCGCUUGUGUGUUGUCGUGCAGGCUUUACUCGCUCGUCUUGGACCACGUAUCGUAAAAGGAAAUCCGACGUGCGAAUAUCCUAAGGAAAUAUUUGGGGCUCAGGUUGAGAGAUGGAAUAAUAUCCGAAAUUGGAACUCCUUUAUUAAUAAUCUCACUGCACCAAACGAUGGGGAAUCUUUUAUUCAAACACUCAAUUUACCUCGGAGUCAAAGACUCGUGAACAUUGGUCGACGUAUGCGUACAUAUUUCCUGGCGCCAGAGUCUGGGACCUAUAGGUUCUACAUCGCAUGUGAUGACAAUUGUCAGCUUAACCUGAGUACAGACGAGAAGCUUGAGAAUGUGGUAACCUUGGUAACCGUUAAGAGAUGGACUAGAUAUAAGGAAUGGACAAGGUCAAAUUCUGCAAGAGCUUCACUGUCCAAAGGUCGCUCAUACCUUCUGGAGGCCAUUUUCUUUCAGGGUCCAGGAAAUUAUCACAUGACUGUUCGUGUAGCUCUCCCAGACGGAAGUAUCAGUGAACCCAUCAGCAAUAAAUUCCUCGUAAAAUACGCACCAGCCGGAUCUUUUGGCGCAGCUCCAGUAGGGGACUGGGGUGCAUGGUCCACAUGUAGUAAGACCUGUGGCGAGGGAACCCAGACACGUAACCGCUCGUGCCUUAAUCUCCCACCUGUGUACCCCACCCCCAAUACAACUGACAUGGAAAUGAGGAUGUGUUAUCCUAUAGGGCCGUGUUCCUUACCACGCAGCAUCAUCCAAGUUCGUAACAUCAGCUCGACGUCUCUCUUAGUGGAAUGGCAAGACCGCUGGUCACAGGAACUGCGUCAGUUUCAAAUCAUAUACAAUAGAACAACCAACCAACCAUCUCAAAAUAUAACUGUGAAUGCCUCGCAACAAUCUGUAGAACUUCAUGAUCUUGGAUUUUUCACGUGGUAUUGUGUUAGAGUGUUCGUGUCCCGUCAAGGAGUGGAACAGAAGUCACCUUGUGUGUAUGCGAGAACGGGGCAAGAUGAUAAAAUUGCGAUAUUGUUUAUUUUUACAGAGACCUGCCGAUGUCCCAGUAGGAUUUUUGUCAACUGGAUGCAUGUUCCUCCACUUUGUGUCAGGAGAGAUGGAGAAGAACCCACAGGGCUAGUACCUGAAGUGCUACGUCACAUGGUUCUCUAUGGAUGUGGCACUUGUCAUGAAAACAAAACCACUAAAAUAAUAUACCAUGAAGAGAGCUCCAGUGUACAGAAUAUGAUUAGCACCGUCAAUGAGGACCUUCAGAUUAACCUACCUAUCACUGUAAAGCCCGGAAUGCCUUCAACAGGGGAGGGCUGGGUGUUCCUUCCUGUGGUUGAGGUAGCAGGGUUUGCCUUUCUCACGAGGAAGCCCAGUACAGAUGCAUAUGCAAGAUAUUUAGCGUCCUCUGUCCUGGUUCGUUGGCCUGUUUUUGUGAUGAUGUUUGUGAUGUUUGUCACGUUUGGAUUGGCGGUUUGGACUGUGGAGAAAUAUAGGAACCCUGCUCAUUUUCCGCAACGUUUUACUCGAGGUUGGGGUGAAAGUGUUUGGUGGGCCUUCAUUUCCAUGACAACCGUAGGGUAUGGUGAUCGUUACCCAAAAUCAGUUCCUGGCAGACUUAUCGGCAUUGUCAGUUUCCUUGUCGGCGCAGUCAUGGACGCUCUAUUUAUAUCUCAUCUUUCCCUUCUGUUUAUCUCAAUACAGGAGAAAUAUAGGAACCCUGCUCAUUUUCCGCAACGUUUUACUCGAGGUUGGGGUGAAAGUGUUUGGUGGGCCUUCAUUUCCAUGACAACCGUAGGGUAUGGUGAUCGUUACCCAAAAUCAGUUCCUGGCAGACUUAUCGGCAUUGUCAGUUUCCUUGUCGGCGCAGUCAUGGACGCUCUAUUUAUAGCAAUACUGACGUCAUCACUGACAGUGUUCGUGUUUGAUUUGGCAGCCAACCCUGAUCGCGGAAAAAAGAUUGGUGUAAUCAGAGGUUCUGUGGAACAUCGAUUCGGCAUGCGCAUAAUUGGAAGUAAAGGCACUUUUUAUGACACAAGGGAUGCACUACUGCAAGGGUUAAAGUCAGGAGAGUUAGAUGGCACAUUAAAGGAUGUCUUCACAGUGAGCUCCUUGAUUAAGGACCUGAAUGAUUCCGAGUUUGAAGUUUCCAAAACAGUGUCCAAAUCGUUUCAUUACGGCAUUGAGCUCACGGGAGAGGCGACACACUUAUUAGAAGACUUCCAAGAAUAUUUGAAGCAAAAACCUUUUCUCGCUUUCCUGGACAGUUCUUCCUCAGAAACCACUCCAACAGUUUCUGAUAAGGAGGAAGCGAUAGAGUUCUUUGAUCCAGAGAAUUCCCUUUACCAACAAGCUGUCAAGGUAACUGGCUUGAUUUUCGUUGUAUUCGCGACCAGUGGCCUCGUUUAUCAUCUAACACAAGUGUGGUUAAAACGUAGAAAAGGCCAGUUUAACGAGCCUCAGCUAAAGCCAGUUGUGAUCAAAGCAGAGAUGAGGCAGCUUCUGGAAGAGUUUCAUAUCAGAAUGCAGCGAACAUAUUGUGCUCUUAAGAUUAAACACAGACGCGAGCUCUUAAAACUCAGAGACAGAAGAACAAUCCGCGUUCUCGUUGAGCACAUUCAUCGUGGGAAGUAUACUUUAGAGCAACAAGUGUAGUAACAAGUGGAUAAUCUUCCUUGAACAAUGACAAAGGAAAACAACAGUCUAACACUGUCGGUAAUCAACUUUGACGCAGGAGAGCAGAGUAACUGGUAAAUACGAAAUGGGUUUAUCGCCAUGGCAGCCAUUUUGUCGACUGUUGCCCUCUCGCGAAAUACCCGCAUGAGCGCAAUUGCCACAUGGGACCAUCGACUGACAGACUGACCGAGCGGGUGGAUUUUUUCUUCCGCAACUAACUGCUAUAGCUCCUUUUAGGUACGCUAUCACUCGUUAAAAAGCGCGGAGUGCCACGAACUUAUCUCGUCCCUCCCAGUCACUUUUCGUCAACUGCUCCCUGCGAUAAAAAACGACUGCCAAAUGUCUUUCAAGCAUGUCAUGGAUUUAUGUCAGAUAACUGUAACCACAUGAAAAAAUCUCGAAUGUUGAGAUAAGGUACAACGUACAUUGAACCUAUACAUUGCGUAAUAAAUUUCACGAUUGUAAAGAAAUCGCUAAAAAAUUAAAGACCCUCUAAUAAAAAUCCUAGCGAAAUUUAAACACGCGAAAUUUAACACCCAUGUAGAAAAUUCAAAUCACAGAAAAAAAUGAUUAACAUGUAAUAACAACAUUUACAGGACAUGUACUAUUAACUGGUUUUAACUGGUUUUACCAUUUUUUCUCGCUUAGCGCGCAAAACAAGACACUAAGCAACAUUGAAAUACAAUUUAAUGAAUUUAAAUACACGAAUUCCAUUGCUUCAUUCCAUCUUCAGCACAUAACACACAAGUACUGAUCACAAUACAAAUAGCCUAGAAUCACAGAUUACCUUAUAGUGAUAAUCCUACAAAA